AUGGCACCGAUUCCUAUAACAAUCGUCACGGGCUUCCUCGGCUCAGGAAAAACCACUCUCCUCCUAAACCUCCUCCCCCAACUCCCACCAACCUACAAGCUUGCCCUGCUCAAAAACGAAUUCGGCGACCUAGCAGUCGACUCCCAACUCGCCUCCACUCAGGCCAUCUCCGGCGUCCGCGAACUCCUCAAUGGCUGCAUAUGCUGCAAUCUAGUCGGCCAACUAAGCGACGCCCUCGACCAACUCCAAACCGAGGUCUCGCCCGACCGCAUCGUCAUUGAGACCAGCGGUAGCGCAUUCCCCGCUACACUGGCUAUGGAGGUGAACCGGCUUGCGCGCGAAGAGGGAGGCAACUUCGUGUUGGAUGGAGUGAUCAGUGUGAUUGAUGUUGAGAAUUGGGAGGGGUAUGAGGAUACGAGCUAUACGGCGCAGAUCCAGGCGAAGUAUACGGAUUUGAUCGUGUUUAAUAAGUGGGAGGAUUGUGGGGAGAUGCGGUUCGAUGUCUGUUUGGAUCGAGUGGGUGAUUUGGGAAUCGAGACGCCUUGGGUUAAGUCUGAGAAGGGGCGGGUUGACAAGGAGGUCUUGCUGGGGAUUGAUGGGGCUUUGUUUGCGGAGGAGGGGCUUGAUGAUGGGCAUGAUCACGGGCAUGCUCAUGGGGAUGACAAGCAUAAGCAUGAUCAUCAAUCUGAGGUUGAGGUCUUGUCUGUUAUGUUGAAAGCGGAGGGCUCGAAGAUGGUGGAUGUGCAGGCUCUGGAGGGCUUGCUUUCUUCUGCGCAGCGGGAGGAGGUCUAUCGAAUCAAGGGUAUUGUUCGAUGCUCUUCCUUGACGCCGUUGGGAGAGACUUCGGAUGAUCUUGAUGGGUCUAGGCAGAAGAGUGAUGAGCCGGGGAGCCGAUACUACAUUCUUAACUGGGCGUUUGGUCGGUGGACUUGUACGCCGUCGACUGUGGUAGCAGAGUCUGCGGAUGAGAAUGUGGUUGCCCGCCUGACAUUUAUUCUGGCUCGCUAUGAGUCUGCAAAGUGGAAGAAGAAGCUCGAGGCUGGUGGUUUGGUGCAGGCUGACGCUGGUGCGGAGUUGACUGUGGAGCGAUUGGUUUGA